UGGUAACUGAGGAGUGCUGCACCUGGCUGUGUCUGCUGCAACAUUGAUCAACACAGCAACAUUGACCAGUCUGAGGGGUGGAGACAACCACACUAGUAAAUGGUCUGACCCAUAACAUUGUGUUAUACCUGGAGAGGGUUACUUCAGGUCACAAUGUCAGAGAUGGAAGCAGUAGUGGCAGCCCCUGGUAUUGGGGCCGAGGGAACACAGCCACUGACCAAGAAACGCAGGGCCUCGGAGAAUGGCAUUGCAAUGACAGAAAUGAAAAAUGGAAUAGACGAAAAGGCUCGAGUUAUCGAUGAGAGCUACUUUGCGUCAUAUUCAGAUAUAGAACUUCAUCGCACGAUGAUAGAAGAUAGUGUACGCACUAAUGCCUACCAACAAGCAAUAUUUCAAAACAUGGAGGAAGAUAUACGAGGCAAAGUGGUUGUGGAUGUGGGAUGUGGCACAGGCAUCUUGAGUAUGUUCUGUGCCCAGGCUGGAGCCAAGAUGGUGUAUGCCAUAGAUGCAUCGAAAAUUGCGGGACAUGCUAAGCAGCUUAUAGAGGCCAAUGGCUUCAAAGAUGUUAUUACAGUGGAGUUAUGUUCUGAAGAACCCAUACCUUUGAUGAGUUUUGAGUUACUACUCUCGGAGCCCAGCCAUGGGCCAGGCUCGUCUGGUGCUUGCCUGGCCAAACAGGCUGUUGCUGCUGGAGGCCUGCUGCCCCAUAUAUUACAGGGCAAGGCAGAGGAAGUUGAAUUGCCCGAAAAGGUGGACAUUGUCGUGAGUGAAUGGAUGGGAUACAUGCUGCUCUACGAGACCAUGUUGCCCUCAGUCCUCUAUGUCAGAGACAAAUGGCUCAAACCUGGUGGCAAAAUGUACCCAGAGAGAGCAGUGCUGUACAUGGCACUGGGUGAGGCACAAUGGAUUACCAAGUACGAGGAAGGGACAUAUGACUUUUGGAUUUCUUUGAACCAUAUUUACAACCUCGACAUGUCUCUUCUGGCUGACCACGCAGUUGCAAGAUACAAAGACGUUGUUCAUGUACAUAUGGUAGCUCAGGAAGAUGUAUUAAGCUUGCCGACCCCAGUGUGUGACUUAAAUCUCAUGACAAUUACUGCUGAGGAUCUGCGUAGCAUGUCUCGAUCUUUCACCUUGUUUAGUAUGGGUUCACGACGGCUAAACAGCAUGGUAUUGUGGUUUGAUGUUUGGUUCCCAGGAGGAUUAAAGCUAUCAACAUCUCCAGAUAAUGAGGAUACCCACUGGCAAAAUACAGUCUUACCACUUGCCACAGUAUCCUUACAGCAAGAUACACAAGUUAAAGGAGAACUUAGUAUAACACAGGAUCUCAUAAAUCAUCGUUUUCUAAAUGUAGACUUAAAGUAUUCUGUGGAUAAAGGUGAAGAAAUUACACGUUGUUUCAAGAUGGACGACAAUUGCAAUGACAAUGACUUCUGAGUCGGGGCAAUUCCUCGCCAACUCUAGUCUAUUAUGUGACAGAAAAAUGGAAAGUCAAGAAUUUCACAUCUUAUAUACAUGGAAAGGAAUCAAGCAACCCUUCACAUAUAUGGUUUAUUUUGUAAGGAAAACUGGUACAAACCAUUUAAUUUUUAAAAUAGAUGAGGAUGUGACAUUAUUACAAGCAUUAAGUGAAAUGCAAAUUUUAGAGCUUGUGGUGGUAGUUGAUGCCCUAGCAGAGUUUUGCUGUUUUUUAUUAAGGUUUUGCUUGCAUCUGCUCAAGAAUUAUACUGUAUUAUACAUAUUCAUGGGAAAGCACUUAACCCAUGGAUAGUUUAGCACAAGGAGUGAUAGAUGCUUGAUCCUCCAUCCGCUAAUCCCGACUUGCUCUUUGAGCAGUCAUAAAGCGUCAAAAGUUAUAGAAUGCCAUGGGGACAUGGUUCAAUAAUAGGUGUAGUAACAUUAAGAUCUCUCUUCCAAAGAAUCAUUAUUUAAGAUUUCUGUGAUUCUUGCCUUUGUUAAGGGAUAGCCUAACUCCUGCAGAGGUCUUUCACUUAGGUACAAGAAUUUUCCUUUAGGAAGAUUUGAAUCUCAACAGUGGACCACGUUUCAGCUGCAUGUGAUUCUCAUCACAAGGGUAAGUUAUCAGUACAAAUAAUAGUGUGGUAUAAUUGACAAUGCCUUAAACUUGCCUAAUGAAACUUUGUGUAUGUAAGCUAUUUUCCAUGUCAAUUUAUAAUACCAGCAGCUGUAUUGGAUGAGACACUAUUGCGGUCAGUGCUAUAUAUAUACCGUCCAUAGUGGAGUAUAAUGGGAUGCUUAAUGGGUCUGAACUUUUUACAAAUUUGAUUUAGGGGCAUUAGAAGCUGAUUUACUUAUUAUUUUUAUAAUCAUAACUAAGGGCUAAACCAAUUUAAACUAUUGAAUAAUAUACGAGAUAUUUUUGGUGAUUAUAAUAUUAUAAGGUUUAUUUAGCUAUUCACAAAAUUUCUGAAAAGUGUUAUGGUUGAUAUUUUGCUGUAGUGCUUACUGUUAUACAAAAUAAUUGGCACUGCUCCGAGGGCCUUGGUAAAUGUGAUUAGGUAAAGUUAGGUAUGGAUUAUAAACUUGUGUGGUACUUUUAAAACAGCCAAAAUGAUAUAUUCGUGUGGAAUUGCUAAACCCGUAUGGGUCAUUGUGUUUGGAGAUUGGGAGAUAGUCAGGUUUGAUCCAAGGAAUGGAAGGGUAGUUAAUUCCUUGCAUCAACAGCCUUAAACAUCAAGACACCCCCUUGAAGGUUGAACAUGAUACAGCUUCAAUUCUGACACUUGUAUAUUCAUAAUGAAAAUGUUAGAAACAGCUGUAUUGUAUUGAAUUUGAAAUUUUGUGAGGCAUUAAAUCCAUAGGUGUCAUUCAAUGCAAGGAAUGGUGGAGGUUCAAGCCUCCAUCUGCUAAUUGUGGCUGUCUUCCAUCAGUCAGGCUGAUAUGUAGAGAAAGAAAAUAGUUAAAAGAUGAUAAAGCCAUGUAGUAUAUGUGCCAAAUUCAAACAUAAGAUAUAUUGAGGUGUGGCUGAGAAUAUGAGAUAGACAUUAAAAAAAAAUGAUUGAAUUAAACAUGGUGUUAUUUGUGACAAAAGGAAUUUUCUUUUCGUGCUUCAAAUUUUGAUAGAAUCAUAUGCAUUAGAUUUAGGGAGAGUGAGAUUAGGGGUAUAAAGCAUAUCAGUUUAAUGUUCUUAGUAAUUAGUGAAGUUAUGUUUGAAUGAUAUGGAGUAAUUGUGAUAAUUUUAUGAGGUAAAGAUAACUAGGUGUUGAAAGUCUAUAUGUAUUUGAUACCUCUCAUUCUUGUGAUAUAUGGCUGUAAGUCAACACAAGGUGGUGUAGAGAGACAGGAAAGAAAAAACUUGUUUAUACAAGGUGUCACCCACUGGGGUUUUGUCAGCCACUAGUGAAUGAAGUAUUGUUACACUCGGGGUUAUACAGUGCCUGAGGACUGGUAGGGUGGCGGGGGAUGGAAAUCAGAUUCAAUUUAAAGGGAGAGUAUAUUCAAUUCCUUGGAUCAGGAGUCCUUCACCAGCAUCAGUGCAUUUCCCUUGAACCCUCAAGAGAGGUUUUUCAAUGCUGGUGAGGGGUUCCUGAUCCUAGAGAUUGGAUUUGUCCUUUUUUUUUUUGGAUUGAACCUGAAUGCCUCCCAUUUUCCCAGGCACUAUAUGACCCCCAACAAGUUUAGCACUCCUCCAUAAACAUAAUUUUCCUUGGAGGGACUAGUGGGUGAAACAUUGUAUAAGGUUCUUUGCUAUAUCUUCAUAUCACCACUCCUGUUCAUUGGCAGUGUAGUUAGAACUUUUUUAUUUUGGUGUUCUCAGGGUAUUAUGCCAUUAUUAUGUUUUUCCUUUUACAUUUUUAUAGUUAAAAACCUUUCAUUUAUUCAUUGCAUUUACUUUAACCCUAUUUCUUAAUGCUUCUCAUUACAGUAGUAGUUUCAUAAGUGUCAAAUUCAUAGAGGUCAUACAGCACGAAGAGGAUGCAACAAUUAGGUUUGAUCCAGGGAAGGAAAGGGUUUCUCAUUAUUUUAAAUUCAAAUUUUUUAUAUUUAUGCAGUACAAAAAUAAUAUAGUUUAGAUGGAAAAGUAUUGUUUUUAAGUAAUAAAGAUCACAAACUUAAAUUUUAAAAGUUAAUUUUUUUUUCUCUAACAAUUCUCUUCUCCCUAGCUCUUAAUUUACAGUAUUAUUACAUACCCCUCAAGGGAGGUUCCUUCAACCUGUCGAGGGGCUCCUAAUUUAAUUAAUCUAACCUUAUUGCCUAGAUGCUGUAUGACCCCUAUGGUUUAGCAUUUUCCCAUAAAUGUAAUACACAGUAAUAUGUUAAAAGAAAGUUGCCAUACCAAUAAGGGUCAGAAAAUUCAAACUGGCACUCCCAUAUGUAAAAUUUUUAGGAAUAAGAAAAUUCUAAAUGAGGAUAAUGCAUUAUAAUGUAUACUGAAUAUUGUAAAUACCUUUUAGUAUUCAGCAAAGCAAUUAUAAUAAUCAAAACUAAGCACUAAACCCACCAGGGUCAUACAGUGCUGUCAGUAAAGCUACAUGUACUAUGUGUAAUUUUUAUUUAAGAAAAUCGUAUAACUAUAAUGUUUAAUAUCAGGAUGAUUUUGAUUUAACAGGUUUUAAUUUUUUAUUGAAUAGUUUCCUUUGAUUAGAUUGUAGUCAGUCAAGUGUAAUUUUGUUAUUUAAAUUAUUGGUAAAACUUAUUUCCAAUAUAUGUGUAAAUAAUCUCCAACCAUAGAUGCACAAGCUUCAGUGGGGGAAAGAAAUGGAGUGGUACACACGCACAAUAAUUACCAUUGAUCAAGUUAAGGAAACCUUGCAAAAAUAUAAAAGUGAAUAGUUGUUCAAUAAACUAUGUCAGCAGUCAAGAUUAAUUUAAGGCCUUUUGACACUGAUCACUGCCUUUUUUUUUAAAUAUUCCCAAGGAUAUAAAGAUCAGCUAUGUACUGGAAACUUGUGUUAAAUAAGCAAGACAAAAUGACACUGGACUAGGAAUGUCAAGGCAGGUUAAGUAUUUUUAAACCUGCAGUGGUUAUACAUGAGGAAAUGUUAAACCUGUAUGGGAGGUAAUCAGGUUUAAUUCCUUGAUGUUGGUGAGGGGCUCUUGAUUUAGGAGCUGUAUAGCCCUUGUGGCUUAGCGCUUCUUUUUGAUUAUAAUAAUAAUAAUCUUGAUUUAGGAAAUUGGAUCUGUGCUCCAGUUCCCCGAAUUAAGCCUGAAUGCCUUCCACAUCCCCCCCUCCCCCCCAAGGCGCUGUAUAAUCCUCCGGGUUUAGCGCUUCCCCUUGAUUAUAAUAAUAAUCAGGUUUAAUCCAAUGGUGAGAAUAACUAACUCAUUGGACCAAGAGCUUUUCACUGGAAUCAAGGCCUUUCCCCUUGAAGGGCAGGGGGUCAUACAGUGCCUGGCAUUGAAAGUUAGUCAUGUAUAAUCCAUGGAAAGGCAGCAUAGCCCAAUUUUUCAGGUUACAGCAGCUAAAACAUCAAGGCACUUUCCUUGAAGGGGGGGAAGCCUACUAGAAUACUUUAUAAGGAAGACUUAAAAUGCAAAGCUGGGUAUUGUUUACAAAUGUAAGUACUGCUACAUCCUUUCAAGAAACAAUGCAAUAAAAGGUGAGGAAUGUACAAGCCACAAUGGGAUGCUAUUAGUUAAUGUGGCAAGCAACACCCUUAAGCCAUUGAAAAUUUCAAGUCUUGGGUUAAUGAAUCCCAUCACACAGAUAAACCAAGGAAACACAUCAAGGAUAUUUAGGUAAAUAGUAAUGUCUGUACAUCCUCCUAAUAUACAGUAUUAUGCAUACAUGUGUGACUAACAGGAUUUGGGUUUUUGACUUCUAUUGUUUGAAUCCUAUGUUUGCCUUGUCAGGAAAAACUAACCCCUAGCUUUGCAAGAAAUUUAAGGUAUAAUGACCAUUUCAACUCGGCCAUGAUCCCUUCAACAGGUCUGGCGUGAUGGUAUGGCUCUAGAUGUUUGUUUCAAAUAAAAUCCAAAGAUCUUCAGGCAAUUAGAUACAGGAAUAUUUUCAUUAUCAUCUUAGCUACAUGGCCAAAUAAGCAUCAACUUGAGUUUUUAGGUUCUUCAAUUAUUUGAAUAACAAAGUAACAUUCAACCUCAAUGGAAUUAAGGUAUGAACUCACAUUGACAAUUUCCCUAAGCCAUGCCAGAGUCCAAGUGUGGCUACAUUGUGAUAGGCCACAGAACAAUGCCAGUUAACAUCUGUUCAUAUGACUUUACAUUCCUAUCAAUAGGAACCAAAAUUUCAUAGUCAUGAAUGUAACAAUACUCUCAUGUGGAGGGAGGAAAUGUAAGGGCCAGUAUCACAUUAUUAUUAUAAUCAAAAAAGAAGCGCUAAGCCACAAGGACUAUACAGCUGGCCAGUAUCACAGCCUUGGUAAGAACUCUGAAUGGAAUUCUUUAACGUUAUCACAGGUGUCAUGUGGUCCAUACAAUUCCUCCCUCAUAAGUAGUGUAAAAUAAUUUACCUGUUAUAUUACUGAUACAAGUUUUGUUAUUUACCUUGUUGGAAAGAUAAUGUCUGAAUACUUAUUUAUGUCUAUUUUGUAAAUGUAACAAAUACAUUUUUUAUGCAUUA